AUGGAUAUAUCACCUGUAGUAUCACCAACUCCAAAUAGCAGUAGUAGUAGUAGUGGUGGUGGUAAUAGUGGUGGUGGUGGUGGUAGUAGUAGCGGCGGCGGUGGAGAUCAAUCGUCAUCAACAGCAUCAACAUCAUCGACAUCAGCAUCUACGUCGAUAUCGUCAUCUACAUCUACAUCAACAUCAACAUCACAUACAACAACUAUAUCAGGGGGAAAAGAUGAUUUAUCAUCAUUGGCACCUCCAACAUCACUUUUAACAUCUGUACCAACACGUAUCAACAAAUCCAACAGUGGUAGUAGUAGUAAUUUGAAAUCUAUAUUGAAUGAAAAGGAAGAGUCUGCGUCGAAACACUAUAGUAGCAACUCGAUCAAGUUGAAUCCCGGUGGCAGCAGUUUCACCAACAAGGGACGUGGCGUAUCGAUCGCCAUGAGCGACAGCAACAGCUUGGAGCACAUGCAUUUGGCCGCGUUUAACAGUGGCGGCAACUCGACCACCAACCUACUGCGCAGCACUACACCACACCGUAUUGAGCGUGGCAAGUCCAAGAACAGUCUCGAAGACCUCUUGCUCGCCUCGCAUGCAGACGCCAAUGACUGGCCGUCGGCACGUAUCACCAACUCGAGCAGCAACAGUCUCGAAGACAUUUGGCGCAGUCUCACCUUUUCACCAUACAAAAAUAAUGUGCCUGCAACCCAUGGAUCAAUCUUUGACGAGUCGAGUCUCUCCAACUCGGCAUCUCAAUCAUCGACCAAUCUACUAGCUCUUGCACCUCCCCACAGCAACACCGAUGAUCUUUUGGACAACAAUAGCAAGAACAACAAGUUGAAAUACCAUCACCUCAAAGACGGCGGUGGACAAAGUAGCAAGAAUCUCUUGUUGUUGAAUUUGGCAAAUCAAGCUAAUCAUCAUCAUGCCAAAGAUAUCCAAAGUCUAAACAAUCAUAUCAAUAAUAAUAACACUAACAACAAUAACAAUAGUCAAAGUAACAAUAGUAACAGUAGUAGCAGCAGCAGCAGUAAUAAUAGUAAUGGAAAUGGUAGUAGUAAUGGAAACGACAAUAAUAAUAAUAAUACAUCACCAGAUUUACCAUCGAUUGACGGUACUCCACCCACUGCAUCGACGGUUGUCCAGCCGUCUCCCGUCAGAUAUACACCUAAACACUCGAGUGACACGGAAAGCGACUCUAACGACUAUCAAAGUGAAUCGAGUGAUGUUUAUAACACGUCACCCAUCUCACCUGCGUCGUCUGAGAAUAUUGGCAAUAACAAUGGGCCGUGGAGAAGCUCGACUGGUUCGCAUAAUGGACACCAUCAUGGUGGAUACUCAUCAUCGUCAUCAUCGUCGAUUGCCACGGAACAGCAAAUGUUAAAUAUGAUACAUAAAACCAAGGACCAACAACCAACCAACCAUCACCUCAACCAUCAUCAUCAUAACCUAACCCACCUCAAUGUAAAUAAUAAUAAUCGCUCGACUAUUGUAAAUAGUAAUGAAAAUCUAAACAACAACGACAACAACAACCUAUCACCACAAUCAUCCUCUUCAUCCUCUUCACACAAUGGUAAAAGAAAAUCAACCAACAACGUCAACAACAACAAACAAGAUGAAUCAAAUCAAAUGAUGAAGAAUACAUCGUCCAUUUCUAAACCACCAAUCAAUUCAAACAGUAAAUCACCUCCAUUACCACCACCAACACAAUCACUUCAACAGUCGUCACAAAUGAUGCCACAAAUGAUGUUACAACAACAUCAACAACAUCAACAACAUCAACAACAACUACAUCAUCACCAUCUCCAACAACAACAUUUACAACAACAAUUUAAUAAUAAUAAUAAUAAUACUUCGACCACUAGCACAACUUCUACUACUACGCCCAUCAAGAGACAAAAAAUUGUAGAUGAUAUUAAAAAAGACGACGAUUUACAACAACAACACCAACAACAACAACAACAACAACAUCAUCCACAAUUGAUUCCACAUCCAUCGCUUAUGCAACAACAUCCAAACAAUAAUAAUAAUAAUUUACAAUCUAUUCAACAACAGGCACAAUUCACACCAACACCAGCAACCACUAGUUUUAUUCAACAUACCAAUAUCCCCAUAUCAUCAUCUACCGAAGAUUCUACAUUCAGAGGUGUUGCUUCCUAUGGCGUUUCAACCACUCCAACAUCGCCAUACUUUUCCAACUAUCCCGGCGCACCCAUCCAAUCCCACGCUAAUGCUAGCAUUGAGGCGACGCAACAAACCACUGGCUUUUGGAAUGAAAUUGCCAAAAAGCUGUCCAACGUCUCAAAGAUUGUCAACAAGGCUCUCAAAGGUCCCAUUUCUCCUCAAGAACUUGUUGAAUCAUUAACCGCUUCACAAAGUAUUGUUUUAGAUUUAGGUGAAUUUACAAAAUCAAUUGGAAUUGAUGCAUCAUAUGUAUUAAUGUUACAACAACAAACUAGAAAAUUGUCUGCAUCAUCGUCAAAUAUGUCUUCGAUAUCGAAUACUCCGACGUUGGGUAGUCAAGUUCCAGGCAGUCCUGCAACGGCAGGACAACAGUUUGCAUAUGCAGCAUCACCACAAAUGUCGUUGUCACCGGUAGUCGUUGGCAGUGGUGGACACUUGUACCCGCAGCUGAUUAGCACCCCCGACGGCGUGUACUAUAACCCAGCAUUGCUGGGAGGAGCCAACUCGAAUAAAAUUGGUGCACCAAUCCUUGUCAACUCGAAUAUGGUGCAAGUACCCAAAUCACCACCCCGCGGCGACCUCUUGUAUAACUCGAAUAAAAAGACGCAGCGACGACGCAAGGCACGGUACGGCGAGAACGAGCUGUUGUGCCAUACUUGCGGCGCUACCAACACACCUGAAUGGCGACGUGGGCCCAAUGGAGCCAAGACACUCUGCAACGCAUGCGGUCUCGCUUGGGCAAAGUCCAUGAAGAAUGAAAAGCAAAAGCAAGAGUUGAUGGGUCCCGGCAUCCAAGUAAUCGAUCCCAAAAAGGCUCAAAAGCGUAAAAAGGAGGAUUCCUCAAAAAUAGAAGUCAUUGAAACUAUUAAUCAACAAGAUAAUCAACAACAACAACAACAACAACAGCAGCAGCAGCAACCUCAACAACAACAACAACAACAAUUACAACAACAAAUGGUUACAAAUGGUCAACAACAACAACCUCAACAACAACAACAACAAUUAUAUCUAACUCGACCACUUCAGUCACCAUCUACAUCACCUCAAACACCUGUCAUGCCAGUUGCCUCACAGCUCCUAAGUUUACAACAACAGCAGCAGCAGCACCAAUCCAAUAUCCAACUUCCGCAUCCACAAUUGAUGAUUCCACCACAGCAAUGA